UCACUUUCCUCUGGAUUACAGUAUCUACGAACUGAAUGUUAUGCUUCCUGCAAGGAUAUGAAAAAACCUUCCCAUUUUACUUGUCAAAUAUCUGCCUAAACUCAAAAAGGUUUUGAAUGGAUCACACUUACAGCAGACCAUCAGUUGAAUGGGAUCAGCAUUUCUCUUCCUAAAUUAUCUUAAGAUAAGGAUUUUGAAAAUACAUUUUUGCAGAGAUGACCCAUUUACAAGCUGGACUUAGUCCAGAGACUAUAGAGAAAGCCCGACUGGAACUGAAUGAAAACCCAGACAUUUUGCAUCAGGAUAUCCAACAAGUCAGGGAUAUGAUCAUCACCAGGCCUGACAUUGGGUUUUUACGUACAGAUGAUGCCUUCAUCUUGAGAUUUCUCCGAGCCAGGAAGUUUCACCAAACAGAGGCCUUCAGAUUGCUGGCCCAGUACUUCCAGUACCGCCAGUUAAACCUGGAUAUGUUCAAAAACUUCAAGGCUGAUGAUCCAGGGAUCAAAAGAGCUCUGAUUGAUGGGUUCCCCGGAGUACUGGAAAAUCGUGAUCACUGUGGCAGAAAGAUUCUUCUGCUCUUUGCAGCCAACUGGGAUCAGAGUAGGAAUUCCUUCAUAGAUAUUCUACGGGCUAUUCUGUUAUCCUUGGAAGUUCUCAUUGAAGAUCAAGAACUUCAGAUAAAUGGCUUCAUUUUAAUUAUAGAUUGGAGCAAUUUCUCCUUCAAGCAAGCCUCCAAGCUAACACCUUCCAUCCUCAAGCUGGCCAUUGAAGGGUUACAGGACAGCUUUCCUGCUCGCUUUGGAGGAGUCCACUUUGUCAACCAGCCCUGGUAUAUCCAUGCCCUGUACACGCUAAUCAAACCCUUCCUCAAAGACAAGACCAGGAAAAGGAUCUUUCUCCACGGUAACAAUUUGAACAGCCUUCACCAGCUUAUACACCCUGAAUGCCUGCCUUCUGAAUUUGGAGGUACGCUUCCUCCCUAUGAUAUGGGAACAUGGGCUCGGACAUUACUUGGUCCUGACUACAGUGAUGAAAAUGAAUACACUCACACUUCCUACAACGCGAUGCAUGUGAAGCAUGCAUCCUCCAACCUGGAGAGGGAGUGCUCCCCGAAACACAUGAAAAGGUCUCAGUCGGUGGUGGAAGCUGGCACGUUGAAACAUGAGGAUCAAAGUGAAAAUGAAAACACUCAACCACUAUUGGCUCUGGAAUGAGACCUAAGCACUAACACAAACAUUGCCAGACUUCAGCGGUACCAGAAACCUACAAGCACACAAUAUGCUUCACACACACACACACACACACACACACACACACACACACACACACACACACACACGUUCUGCUUGAAAACAGGUCCUCCAUUUUUUCAGACCAAGUAAAGAUUGUCACCAGCCAUCUGUCUGAGCGGCCAAAGCUGAACAAAGACUGAACAUUUUCUUUUGGCACAGGAUGCUAACUAAGAGAAAACAAGGAGUCUGAUUGUCAACAAAGAGUUCUUCUUUUCUUUUUUAUCCUUCCUUUGAUUUAUGGCAUAAAAAAGACUGAAAAGCGAGGGACUAAAUUCUUUGUUUGAACAGAAAAGGAUGUGCCGGUGGAGGUUCCUCUGAAUCAUUAUGCCAAGAUGCUCUUCAGUUUUAGUAAAACAAAGUUUAGAUUAAGUGCAUUUUAAAGCAAAGCAUCUUGAAGUUAAAACUGUGCAGCAAAAUUAUCAGAUUUAAUGUAGUUUGUCAUCCUGAGGUAACUGCAUCUCUAAUACCCUAAAAUUUGACUGAGGUUUUUUUCCUUAAACAAAUCAUCACCAGCAUAAUGUCAUUCAACACUACACUAUGACAUCUCAUCAUCCUGGCUGCUUGCAGGGUUCACUUAUUUCAGUACCCUCCAAAAAUUAUUCUUAACUUUUGAAGCCCUUAUACAACUGUCAGCUAUAUGUAAUGGAGCUGUGUGGGCAGCAGACACACACAAUUUGAAAGGCAAUUAUUUAAUUUUAACGAUGUGUUUUUCCACAGGCAACGCUACAGCCUGUUAGCUGCGUGCGCGUGGGGAGGUAACUCAUUGGAAACAGUCACCGGUGAUUAAUGGUUCAAUCCAGAUUGUUUCAUUUAGGUCACUACAGCAAAGGAAAGCUCUGAAGAGUGAUUUAACCCUCUUUCCUCCUGCAAUCAGUUAAGGAUGCAGCCAGAGGGGGUGUGCUGACUACAGAUGUGGGCUGUGGUUAAAAUGGAAAACUGAAAUGCCAAAGAUCAGUUUGUUAUUUCUCUAUUUGCUCUACUUGCAAACAGAAUCUCAUCGCUGCAUUAAAAU